AUGGCCGAAACAGCAGAACCGCAGUUCACCUCCCUCCAAGCCCGCAUCGCAGCCCUCAACCAGCAAAGCAAUGGCAAACCCAUAGGCCCAUCCGCCGCUCCUGUCACUAAACGACCGCCCGCUCCCUCUCCCCCCACCGACCGACCUCCUCUACCAAGCAGACACUCGGUCAACAACCCACCUCUCGCAAGCGUGGGCUCCUCCGUCUCCCAAAGACCCAGCAAUCAGCCCCUCGGAGCAAGAGGCCAAGCCCUCCUCCCACCCCCACCCGUCGACCGCGACCAGAUAACUGCUCAAUCAACAGCGGAUUCUCCUCCUCUCCCAGCCCGCAAUGCACCGCCUCCUCUGCCUAUCCGCAAAGCAUCGCAGCCGAGCCCAGCGCUGCCUCCUCGCAAGGUAUCUACGCAGGUAGUGCCCACGACGCAGAUGGUGCGGAGGGGCUCCAAUGAGUCAACUAUGUCCCACAGCUCGGUGGUGUCAGGCAUGAGUCUCAGGUCGGGUGCUGCCGCCGUCAGGUCUGGCGAGGGGAGGAAACUCCCGCCUAUGCUGGGCGAAGCCAAACUCCCUCCUCUGCCACCUACGAAGCGGGAACGGGAGGAAACAGACAGGGUUGCGAAGAGAGAAAUUUCAGAACGGAGAUUGACGGACAAAGAGGCCGAGGCGACGAGGAGACAGACAGAUGUGUCGAGGUUUGAGAAGGUGCCCCUGGUGAAAGUCAGAUCUGCGCCUGUGGUGCCUAUCAGGCCACAGAAUGCCACGGCAAGGUCGGCGCCUAGUCUUCCUGUGAGAGAGAUACUGCCCAAGGCGGAAGAUGCAGCGCCUAGGCUGCCGCCGAGAUCGAGUGGACCACCGAAAAUACCUGAGAGGCCUACGAAUGGAAGUGGGGAUUGUGCUGUCGGCGAGACGCCGCAACCGCAGCCUGUGAGACGAUUACCCCCUCCUAGCGCGGCUACGAAGUCCAUUUUACAGAUGGGUUUUAGAAAUAAGCAGAAGGAAACUCCGAAUAUCGAGACUCCGGCACCAAGAUUGCCGGUUUCGAGACCAGGGCCUGCGGUGGUGGAACUUAACAAGGAUAACUUCCAUAGCGCCAUUGAGGGCAAGUAUGCCCUGGUAGAUUUCUAUGGACCGCGGUGCUCGGAUUGCGUCAGGCUGGAGCCGACCUAUACCAAAGUCGGAGAGGACUGGGCGUUUGCGUCUGAUAAAUUGAUUAUCGCCAAGAUCAAUGGGGCCGAGAGUGGUGUUUUGAUGCACAAGUAUGGCGGGAAUAGGUAUCCUGCCAUUGUCUUCUUCGACGGAAGCGGUGGUCCCCCAGAGAAGUUCUCUUGGCCCGAUUACCCGCAGCCGUGGAAAGUUGAAUCGUUUACGCAAUUCUUGGAAGAGCGGACGGGGAUGAAGGUCGAAGACGGGCUGAGAAUGAAGCCGAAUGGUGGUGUACCGCCACCCAUCAACAUGAGCUCGAAGCCAUCCGCGAGGGAGGUCAAGGCUGUUUGGGCGCGACCUACCUCCCCUGUAAAAUCGGGCUGUCUGAAAUGCAGAGACUUCUCGGGGCCGGACACAGUCGCGGCGCAGUAUCCAAGAGAAUCACUUCCUCGGAGCCAUGAUCUCACUGGAUAUCUGGCAGAUGUGCUCUGUACUCCCUUCUCAUCUGCUACAGAUAAGGCGAGAGCGAUAUUUACGUGGCUGCACCAUAACAUCGCUUAUGAUGUCGGCGCAUUCUUUGGCAACCGCGUUAAGCAUGUUGAGCCCAAAGAUACCAUCACGACUGGCGUGGCUGUCUGUGGAGGCUACGCUGGUCUGUUUACAGCCAUUGCGCUGAAAGCCGGUAUGGAAGCCAUCGUGGUCACAGGACAUGGUAAAGGCUUCGGCCACACAGCUCUUAAACCCGGCGAGCGGCCACCACCCCCCGACCCAUCUGGACAUGCAUGGAACGCCGCUCGUAUCGACGGUGGAGAGUGGAAACUCCUCGACCCAUGCUGGGGCGCGGGAAACGUCAGCGGCAGCAACUACAACAAAUGUUUCACCCCUUCUCAAUUCACCAUGUCUAAUGCCGACUUCGGCCUCAAGCACUUCCCCGCCGACGCCUCUCACUUCUUCCUCACCGGGGGCCGCAUCCCCACCUGGGACGAGUACAUGAUCGGUCCGGUCGGCGCGGAACCGCUCCAGAUUUUUGGUGACGCCGAAACCAAGAACUUUCUCGACGUGAACUCCUUCUCGCCCCCGCAGAAGCACAUCAGGGUAUCCGGGGCGGCAGGGGAGGAGACGGUGCGUUUCCAGUUCAGCAAAAUGUGCGAGCACUGGGACGACGAGAGGAACGGGAUGGGCAAGCCGUACCUGAUGGUCCUGAAGGUGGAGGGCUUGGAUGGGAGGAAGACGGAGUUCGUGCCGUUUGAGCGGACGGAGUUCUGGUGGUAUCUUGAUAUCGAGGCGAGGGAGUUGGGGGCGCCCGGGCAGACGGUUAGCGUGUUCUCGGUUAAUUCUGUGGAGGGGAGGGACGCGAGGGGGUUGAGUCGGGAGGAGUAUCUGCGGAAGAAGGGGAGGGUGGCUAUGGGUCCAUUUGGCGGCAUUGCGGCUUGGGACUUGGACCGGACAGGAAGUGGUUGUGCAUGGGCAUCUUGUUUGAUAGAUGGCUCGGCACCCGUCCCGGCAGAACAGAACAGAAAAUGGCAGGAAGCAGCCAUUCAAACAGAUGUUGCGAAAUGUGUCGUUCUUGAAAUUGUGUUUUUAUUUCUUGUAAUGACAACUUCUCUCUCCCUCUCUUCCUCUCUCCCUCCCUUCCUCCCUCCCUUCCUCCCUCCCUUCCUCCCUCCCCCUCUUUCUCCUCUCUUCCUCUCUUCCCCCCCUCUCCUCCUCCCUUCCUCUCUUCCCCCCUUCUUCCCCCCUCCUCCCCUCCCCCUUCCCCCCUUCCCCAACUCCCUCAUAAGUCAAACCAAAAGGAGACACGUAGUAUUCGUAUUCAUAUUCGUUUACCGUCCACGGGUCGCUUCAAGCGAAGCCCCAGACGCGUAUAGCGCCAGAGCAGAUCUCGAGCGAAUGGUACAAGAGUACAAGUACAAGAGUACAAGUUCCAGCAGCGGUUGUUUCCUCCUGUGGAGAGUUGAUACGGUGGGUAAGCACGGAGCUGAGUUGGUUCGUGACAGGGCAGAGCUGCCAGGCUUGGCUAAGGAGCGGUGGCUCUUCGGUUAG